GGAUGCUUAACUACAAACCUGGAGAAAAGCCUGACCACUGUGUUGUCAUUAAAUAUGUUCCUUACGUCGGUGACAGUAAACGCGCCAUGGACGAGUACACGUCAGAGAUCAUGAUGGGAGGUCAUAACACUAUUGUUGUCCAUAACACUUGUGAAGACUCCUUGCUGGCUAGUCCGAUUAUUCUUGACCUGGUCAUUCUGACAGAGCUGUGUCAGAGGAUUACCUUCCGUGUAGGUGAAUCUCUAAAGUUACAGUCUUUCAACAACGUCCUGUCUAUUCUAAGUUACCUGUGUAAGGCCUCCUUGGUACCACGUGGCGCCCCCGUGGUGAACUCCCUGUUCAGACAGCGGUCAUGUAUUGAAAAUAUCUUACGAGCUUGUUUAGGCUUAGCUCCACAAAAUCACAUGGGCUUAGAAAACAAACUGAGUAACCCGGUCGAUUGGAAAGAUUCCCGAGAAAACAAGCUGAAUGGCCCGGUAGAUUGUAAAGGUGCCCAAGAUACACAUUUCAUAACGAAGAAGGCACACGUGAACGGUGUGACCAAUAUUCGCGAAUUUUAUGUUAGAAAUACUGUUAACGGGUCUUAGUUGUAGAAAAAAGUUUCUAUGUUUAGGGUAGGAAAUAAUUUAGCUCGCCAAUUGUAAAAAAAACACUAUUAUUAGUGGUUGUUUAACAUACGUAUUGGUGAAAUUAACCAUUAUUAGUGGUUAUUCAACAUGCUCGAGGAUUGUCCUGUCAUAAUUAACCAACGUUGAUGAUGGUUCAACGUCCGUUAUCUAUUAUUAGUGACUAAAUGUUUUUCAUGCAAUAUUUUACUUGUUAAUAUUUCGCUUUAUUAAUGCCAUAUUUAUUGAUAACAUAAAAGUGUGGAAAACGUAUUGUUGUAUUUAAAAAUAAUUUAUUGUUCUUCAUUGUGUAAAAUAUUGCGUAUUGUACGAUGUUGACAAAAUGAAAUAUACAUAAACAAUAAACGUAUUUUUUAGUGAUGUUACAGCGU